AUGGAAGCUCCGAAGUCCGUAAACGAUCAAUCAUGUGUCUUCGGUCAAGAUACUCAAAUCUCAUGGAAAUUCAGUGGUAUCGAGAAACCACAAGUGGCACGGUCUUUUGACGGUCAACCACUUCCAACCAACAAUCGUUUUCAAGUGACUGAGACUGGUGAUGAAACAUCGACACUAUCGAUUCUUCAAGCUGAACUUGCUGAUCAAGGUGUCUAUACUGCCCGAGCAAUCAAUGCUGUUGGUGAAGCUGAAGCUACAACAAAAUUGAACAUUGUUUGCAUCAAACCUGUCAUCAAAGCUGAUCUCAAUGCUGCACUGCAAGCCACAAAAGGUGAAACCAUGACACUUAACAUUGCUGUAAGUGGAAUCCCAAAGCCUGACAUUGUCUGGAUGAGAGAUAACGAUGAACUCACACCCAAUGACCGCAUUCAGGUGACAAUACUGACUCACGAUGUUGAUAUAUACACAUUGACUAUCUUAAACAUGCAACCAGAAGAUCAAGGAGAAUAUUCAGCCAAGAUUUCCAAUAUUGGUGGAUCACUUCAAUCCAAUAAGUGCAAAGUCACUAUUUCUAAAUCACCAGUGUUUGUUGUCAAACCGACAAUCCAAAAAGUGAAACAAGGUGAGACAGCCUUGUUCAAGACACAGAUCGAUGAAUGCCCGCCACCAAAGAUCAGUUGGCUUCUCAAUGGCAAAGAGCUGAUAACGAAAGAAGGUAUUCAAGUGCAGUUCGAUGAUACGACUGGCCAAGCGAACUUGUCCAUUUCGAACGUCGAUCUGCAGCAACAUGCUGGCUCGAUUACUUGUCGUCUCGAAAAGCCGUAUGGCUAUCAAGAAGAAACUUUUCAACUCGCUGUUCUUGCUGCACCAAUUAUCAUCACAGAGUUGCCCAAAGAACAAGAAAUUGUGAGUGGACAAGAUGUUACAUUGAAAGUAGUCGUGCGAGGAUCACCACGACCAUCUGCUCAAUGGUUCUUCAAAGAUAGACCCAUUGGAACGAACAAUGCAUCAAUAGACGAGGCGAAUGAUGAAUAUCAACUGCUGAUCAAACAGGCAACAGUGACCCAGAGUGAAGGAACUUAUCAAGUCGUGUUGAAGAAUGAAGUUGGUGAAGUACAAUCUAUUCCAUGUCUACUUACAGUACUGGAGCCAGUAAAAUUGACAAGAGUGAAACCAACAUCGAAUAUCAUUGACUUGGGAGAAGGUAAAGCAUUCGAUAUCACCGUGGAUGUAAGUGGUAAGGAAACGCCUGAAGUUCAGCUGACAAAAGAUGGCAAAGCAGUACAGUUCAUAAACGGGGGAACAACACGAUACAUAUUCUCAGUGGCUAGUGUAAAGCAAGAACAUCAAGGUGUGUACAAGGUGACAGCAAAGAAUAAGACGUCAAAGGAAGAAACAACUGUCACCCUGAAUGUUACUGGUAAGUUUGCCUGCAUUUUCUAACCAAAUGUCACAGCAGUAUACACUUUCUGUGCACUCUCAUGAGAUGAGAGCUUCUCAAUUGUCUUUGAUUGGCAUUGUGUAGCUAGUAUGGGGAUAAGUUUUGUCGUACGCAUGAAAACUUUCAGUUGCAGUGUAAAGUCGAGCGAAACUCUGCAACUGCUAUCUUUCUCAUUCAUAUUCAUGCGUAGUACAUUCCUUCUAAAGUUUAUUAUUUGCGAGUUGUAUUCGAUUAACAUCACUAACACAACGAUGUUUUAAUGAUUUUUUCAAAUAUUAUGUGGUUCGAUAAUGCGUCUUUCAGUUGUUUUGAAAAGUUGAAAUUUUCUCUAACAAUGGAAGGUUUAGUACUGUUAGUAAAGAACAUUAGACAUGUUCGGGUCCAAUUGAAGCUCUCACUGCUUAUUCCAAUAGACUUAAAAUAUGAGCUGUUCAUGACAUGAACUGAACAAGAGGAUGGAUUUUUUAAGUAUUUACCGUAUGUGUAACAUUUUCACCAGGCAAAUUUUUAACAUUAUUUUUUUUUCGUGGUGGAUGGAUGAGAUGUGGGUGUAGACAUGAGUACGGGUAGGUAUGGGUUUGGAUAGGUCUUUUUUUCACCCCACGCACUCUAGUUUUUUCUGUGAUUGAAAAGGAAUGAUCACGAAGAAAGUGGUAAGUGCCGAUCUUUGAUUUACAUGACAUUUUCACAAAAAUUAGAAGAACUACUCAUAAUUUCUAAACUGAUAUUCUUCAUUACCUAUCCAAAAAAAGACUUUUUAGAAAAAACUUUUGUUCUUCUGCUCCCAAGGUCUUGACCAUCUUUCACUCCAUAAGAAACGAGGAAAAAAGAGUUUCGUCCAGGGGUGCAUGUCAGAGUCUAUAUCACUCAUUAUCUUUGUAAAUUUAUCUAGUCUUUCAUGAGAAGAGUUCGGACUGAGUGUCGUAUCUCAUUAGAAUCAUUGACUUUUGAGCAUCAAAUGCACCAAUGUAGCUUUUCGUUUGACUUAGUUUGAUUAUUGAGAAACUUGUUUUUUAAAUUUCAAUGAUAACACCACAUACAUCUUUCAAAAAAUGCGUUAGUAUUUCGCACUUCUUUUUCACUAUAACUGAAUUUCAGAUCAAAAUCAAUAGUAUAUUCGAAAUCAACAUAAAAAACUUAUUGCAUAUCUUCAACAUAUCAGCUAAUUUUUUUUCAUGAAAAAUGUAUCUGAGGAUGUGCAAUUUCAAUUAGCUGACCAUUGACGUUACCAAAUUAGUGUAGUUAGUGAACACUGACACCAGCAUCAGCGUUCACUGAAACACUCGAAGACAUCACUGCAAACAGCGCAUAUUUUAAUAGAGUUGGUGACACAAUGCUGCAGCAGAUGUGGAUGUUAGUGAAAUUAAUAUCCCAGUGGAUUCUGUGCCGGUGACCGACUGUCAGUAUUUCAGUAUUGACAUGAAAACUAAACAUCGCUAAAAGCAUGUUUCCAUGCUUCAUAAGUUUGUCUAAUUUUACUGCUGCCAUCAGAAAAAUGCCCUUCUACUACAGAAUUAAACAAAAUAGAGAACAAUUCAAUGAGUAUUUUUAUAGAUCGCGAUAGGCCGAUUCUAAGAAAAUGAGACAUUAGGUCUUAUUCUUUCUCACAAAAAGAAUCUACUGAAACUAAUUCAAAACUUACAGUGGUGGUAGUAAUCUAUAGCGGAUGUGUGAUUGAGGGUUGGUGAGAGUAAGAGUGAAGAGGAAAUCUGACACUUUCACAUGAAGCCCUCAUAUACUCUGACGCCUGCACUCUCAUGCAUUUCAUUUAUACCCACAUCCACACCCUGAAAGAAGCCUCUGCUUCUUAUGUUAGAACCGGUGGCACCCGUUUAUGCUCAGAGUAAGUCACCAAACAGUAAAAGCAUAUUGAAUUUGAUAGAAAAUGACACCAACAAACUAUUAAUAUAUAAAUGGUUGUUUUGAAUUCCAGGUGCUCCGAAAAUGGCUACUGUUGGAAUUUUCUCCACCAUCAUGAAGGUCAGACGAUAAUCGCUUUAGGAAACGCAUGUUCAUCAAAUAUCUCAUACAUUUUAGGCUUUCACUGCUGAAACCAGUGCUAUAGAAAAUACAGGUAGGAUAUCGUUAAAUUUAGCCUUGAAACUGAGCAUGAUUAGUGAUGACGAGAGUUAUGUGAAUAAAAUCACUGCCAUUCUUCAGAUACAUUGCGCUCACGCGAGAAACUAGUAGAUGAUACGAUCACUUUUCGAAGAAUUCCUCUCACUUGUCUAUAGUUCGUGUACGUGAAAUUACUCGCUUUUGUUGGAUAAACUUCAUAAUUUAUUUAUAGACUGAAAUUGUGUGUCACUUAUCAGAAUAAGAUUUCCAUUCCCUUCACAUUUUGUCAUGACAUCACGACAAAAGUAUAUGCACAGUUUUUGAAAUAAAGGAGAAUGUAAGGAUUCUGUCUUUUAAGAAAAUGUUGUGCUCUCUUAUUAGCUUGAAUAAGGAACACAGCUCAAUUCAUUAAAUUCUCGCAUAACUGGAAGAGCGGUUUUUAAAAAAGGCUUUUACAAGUACAUGAAACUACUAGAAGCUCAGUAUCUGAUAGAAAAUCGAGUAAAAAUUAGAAACAAAAUAUGAUUUUGCGUUCAGCUAUUGUCAUUCAGUAACGAACAAGCUAUUUGUUUUGGUUCACUUUCUGGAGGGCACCAAUUUAGGUAUGAUCGUUUUCCCAUUGAACGACAACUAUACAUAUUAGAGUUGUUCGAAGGUGAUAAAUAACAGAAGUUUUAUAAGUCUCACCCCAUUUCGAAACAUGUUUUUGGUUUUUUUUGGAAAAACAAUCACCUUGCUCUAGACGAUUGGUAAUGCUUAACCAGCAAUAUCACGUGAUGGUUAGCUUUUCUCAAGGUCAUUUAAACAAAACAAGUGUUGUAACUUAUACCAACGUUUUGGAUUGUGCAACAAAAGAGGAUUAAACAAGAAAAUCUAUGAUUAGAAAUCAACAUACCUAAAACAAGUCAACUAUAUAGUCUCGUAGAUACCUUGGUUAAGGUAACUUAUUCUCACGCUAUAUGUAGAAGUGUACAUGGAUUUUCCUUGUUGAUUGGAAUCAAUCAACUUCUGUUCUAUAUUUAAUUCUUUUCCAUCCAAAUUUUAGUGACAACGUGAGUAUCUAUAUAAUGAGCAACUCAAAUCUUCAUAAGUUUGAAAUAUGAAAACAAAAAGAACUUACCGCAAAAUUGUUCGAUUCACCUUUUUCCAUAGUUUUUUAACAAUAUGUGUGAAUGCUCCUGUAAAUCCUUCUAGUUUUUGUCAGUGCCUUCCGUUACGAUGUUACUUCCAGUUGCAUUGAUUAUUUGAGUAAUGUAAGCGAUUUAGGUUUCUCACGAGCAUGUUUAUUACUGCGGUUCGUUGAAUUUCACAACUUUCUUUACUUCUUUGAAUUUCUAGAAAUUCUUGUUCAUACGAACAUGUGAGCCAGACCUUGAUAAAACCCUAAUCAAAUCUUGCCAGAAACUGCUCCGCCAUUGCACUUGAAAUCUUGAGUAAGAUCGAGUGUAAAUCCUACUAAUGUUCUGUAACCCUGAUGUUGAAAAAAUUCCUCCUGAAACUUGCAGAAAGCGUAAGAAAAGUUACAGGAAGACCGUUAAUGAAUCCUUGUAAUGAUAAUGUUUUGCAUAGCUUUGCAAGAACUUGAAAUACUGGUUCUUUGAAACCUUCGAACAUAAUUCUAGACAGUUCCAGUGAAGAUUCUUAUAACAAAUAUGUAUCAGAUAUGAGGAAUUCUCAUGGAAUGUUGUCAGAAUUUUUCAAUGUACAAUUUUGAUACAGCUCGUUAUUUUCUGGCUGUCAAGUCAGACAAGAGCGCCAAAAAAACUCAUUAAAACACGCUAAAAUGUUCGUUAAUACGACGUUUUUACUCAUUUACGCGGCAAAUCUAACGAAUUCUACCGCUUUCAAAAGCAGCGACCCGUAUUGACGCUUAAAGAUCAGUUGAUAAAAUAAAUUUUCAUGCAUAUUUUCUUGAACGCAUUGGACAAUGGUCAACAAUAACUUUUUAUUUUCUACUAUUUUUAAGCAAUUGAACACGUUUAAACGGAUUUGUUUCUUAAGAUUUGUUGAAAUGCAUGAUGCUUAGUCCGAUCACUAGAGGCCAACAGUUUUGAUAGGUAAAAAAGAAAACCAAAAAAACUUCGAAUUUCUGCUCAUAAAAAAUAUCUUUGAAAUCGGUGACUUUAUAAUAGUAAAUCAAAUAGCUGAUAUAAUAAAUUUUUUACUAUAAAUUUCUAAUU